AUGAUUGUAGUUGAUCAAAUAUUCCUAUUCUUAAAGUAUUUUGAACCAAGAUCGAUCAGUUUAAAUUUGAUAUUCCUUACAACAAUCCGUCAAGUUAUACUAUAUCAAAUUCAACUACCACAUAGUAAAAGCAUCUUAAAACUCAUGUUGUUAAUCUCUCAACUAGUAUUUUAUCAUCUCCAAGAAAACAACCCUCAAAUUUUUGAAUUGAAUACUUGCCUUAUGUAUAUUCAUCUUGCUAAGAACACACAAUAGACAAUAUAUAUCUCAAUGAUACAAUAGUUGAUUUUAUAUUUGACUGAGGGUUCUAUUUAUAAACCUAAAUAUAUGAUAUUUUAUACUUUACUUACAUCAACUUUAUACACUUAGGCUAAAGCCUGUGCUUCCAUUCCUCUUACUUGUGCAUCAAUCCUUGACGUAGAUCUCUGUAAAACUGUUAAAGAUUACAAUUUUAAUAACAUUUGUCAAUUGAGUUAGACCACCUAUGAUUGUGAGAAAAUACCUCAUACACAAAUUCCUUGCGAUUAAUACUCUAAUGAAUACUCAUGCAAACAUUAAGCAUAUAAAUGUAUGUGGGAUGGAUUUGAAGUUGGACAUUCAUUUUACUCAGAAAUAAGUGAGUCAGAGAAUACUGAUGGAAACUGCAUUGAUUUUACGUAUACCAACAUUUAAUUAAGAUAGAUGUUAAUAUUUUAAUAACCGUAUUUCAUGCGGACCAUAUGCUGAUGUAUCAUGUGAUUGGUAAAACGAUGAAUGCGUUGAAGUAACAAAAUGUGAGGAUUUCAAAACUAUAAGUGGAUGCAUAAAGUCUAGAUUGCAAUAUAAGUAUCCCAUAAAAUCAAAUGUAGAUGUGCAGCACUUGUCGAUGGGAAGGUUGUUGACUAAUCUAAGAGAGUAGUGCCCGAUGAGAUAAAUCUAUAGUGUUUAAUAGAAGAUUGCAAACAUAAAUUAAAAAUGGCUGAUUGUAAAUUUGUUAAUGGAGUUCAAUGUAUUUGGAGAAAUAAGUAGAUCAAAAUAAUUAAAUGUUAGUGCAUGUUCCAAAUGCUCAGAUUAUCUUACUUAUGACUCUUGUGUGAAAAAUUAAGGUUAGUGUUAUUGGAACAUGAAUCAAUGUAAAAAUAUUGAGUAAGAUUGUUUUAAGAAUAUUUAGAUGCUAACUGCUGAGCAAUCCUACUAUGUGCAAUUUUAAGAAAGAGUAGUGCAGAUGGAAUUAAUAAAAAUUUGAAUGUGAAUUGAAUUUGGAAAAAGCUGAUUCUCAUUGUUAUGAGGAAUAUAUUUCGACUUAAAGCAAGGCUUUUUAGAAGGAUAUAAUUUUAUUAAUGAUUCUGAUUCUGAUUUAUUGA